CAAACUCUCACCGCUCACUCAUCCUCAUUUCCCCUUCAUAGGGCCUGGUCUUCUUGUUCUGGGGUUUCUAUGAGUCAUGUCUUCCUCCCCCAAGUCCUUCCACGGCCGUACACCUCCAUUGUCGUCUCGUAGAUCCGCGCUCCUUCUCAUCUCCUCCCUUUUGAUUGCCGUCUCAGGUUUUGUUUUUGGAAUUACCGCCUUUUUAAGGCCGAUUCAGGGGUAUAAAUGCUUGAAUAGUCACCCCAGAUCGAUUCGAGUAACUUGGGAACACAGUGGUGGAGGUGGUGACGGCGCCGGUGGUGAUGGCAAUGGGAAUGGCGGGCCCGGAAGUAGGCAUAAAGUUAUGGGAUUUGUGGGUAUUCAGACUGGGUUUGGAUCUGCGGGUAGGCGUCAAGCAUUGAGGAAGACUUGGAUGCCUCCGGAUCGGCAAGGGCUCGAACGUUUGGAGGAAGCUACUGGCUUAGCUUUCAGGUUUAUCAUUGGGAGAACAAAUGACAAAUCGAAGAUGUCAGAACUACAGAGGGAAGUUGCAGAACAUGAUGACUUUAUUCAAUUGGAUUUUGAAGAGGAGUACAGCAAGCUUCCAUACAAAACCUUAGCUUUCUUCAAAGCUGCCUAUGCACUUUUUGAAGCUGAUUUCUAUGUCAAAGCUGAUGAUGAUAUAUAUUUAAGGCCAGAUCGCCUUUCGUUACUAAUUGCAAAAGAGCGAAACCACCCUCAGACUUACAUCGGAUGCAUGAAAAAGGGUCCUGUUAUCAAUGACCCAAAGCUCAAAUGGUAUGAGCCUCUAUCUUAUUUGCUUGGAACUGAGUACUUUCUUCAUUCCUAUGGACCUAUAUAUGCACUUUCUGCUGAUGUUGUUGCUAGUUUGGUUGCCCUAAAGAAUGACAGUUUCCGGAUGUUCAGCAAUGAGGAUGUUACUAUUGGAGCUUGGAUGCUCGCAAUGAACGUGAAGCAUGAAAAUAAUAAGGAGCUGUGUGCGUCAGACUGUACGCCCACAUUCAUUGCUGUGUUGGAUAUUCCAAAGUGUUCAGGGCUUUGUAAUCCAGAACAGAAAAUGUUGGAACUCCAUCAGAAGGAGAGCUGCUCAAAGAGCCCAACUUUGGUAUCUGAUGAGUAGUAUCUGUACCAUUUACUUACGAGAUAGGAGCCCAGGUCUGCUACCAUGAUCAUUAUUUUCCGUCCAUUGAUCCUUCUCCCUCUUUUAUUUCUUUUUUUUGUUUGUAAAAUUCAUUUUUCUUCCUGCCGUUGAAGGAAGACUGUUGAUGUAUUCUAUUUCAAUUUUUCUUGUCUCUGGCAUAUCCUUUUCCCCUUAUUUUUGGAGGGGAAAUGGUUGAUACAGUAGAUAGGAGUUCUAAAGGGAAGAUUUUU